UUGGUGGAAAAUUAUCCAACAAAAGAGGUUCUUUUCUUUCCAUGCAUGGAAUCUUAAUUUCUUUCCCUAAAGCAUUGCUUCAUUCCUAGGCCUUCCAAUGCAAUAAUAUAUACUCUCCCUAGCUUCCAAGUUUCAUUACUUUUGGGGUUACCUAUAAAAAUCCCUUAUAAACCCUCCAUUUUUACUUCAAAUUUUCUAUAUUCAAUUCCCAUACAAAACACAAGUUUCCCAAGGAAAAAGAAGAAGAUCAAGAUGGGCCAAAACACAUCAUCUUUUGGAAAUAAAAAGCGAAAGGAAAUAGAUUCCACAAUAGAGAGAUGUUACAAGACAUAUUUUGAAGGCAAGACAAAUUGGACUCCAGCUACAUUCUUUCGAGCCAUAUGCGACACCGUCGAAGAACUGAACAAAAAGCUUGGAAGCCCUCAAUUAAGUGCACCAAAAAUUACAACUCUCAAUGUUGCCUUUGAGAAAUACAAAGCAGCCGCUGAAGGAAAAGAACUAUCAAAAGAAGGGUUUCAAGAGGUGCUACAAGAAGUGCUAAUAGAGACAGGGUUUUCUGGUAUAGGAGCCAAAGACAUAUUUUUGUACCUGUUUGGUGUGCCAGUGGCUGCUUUGAUGAUCAAAAGGCAAGCUAACCUUAAAAUCCACGAUGAUAUAUUCAUCCCUGCCAUCACUUCUGCUACUGUUUUCCUCCUCGCAAAGCUCAAUAAAAUUUGACCAAUUUGUUUGUAUUUAUAUGAAUUUCAAAACUAUUUGUAUUACGUUUGAUAGUUGGUUUGAUUGGUUUUAAGGAUGUAAAAAAAACCCAAAAAUUUUAUUUUAAUUUUUAUUGGUUUGUGAUUUGGAUUGGUCAA